CACAAUAACAAGUACAUGCACCGCGCUCUCAUAUCUGCAAUAGUCGACAAGCGGUUAUAUUCUGUCCUACUUUGCAUCAGGUACAGUGUAAUGACCUUUAACCUUUGCGCGCAGAAAAGAAAAGUUGGUCCGCUAUUCCUGCAUUAGAAACGUGUAUUUUUCGUCAUUGUUACACCUGGUAGAACAAUGGGUUAAACAUGGAUGGAGUCGUCACAUCACUGGAGUUCCCAGAAGUCCCAAACAGCGAGGAUGACACCAGGGACUGGAGCUACACCAUGAGAAGAAAUAUGCAGGAAAUCCUUCCCAAUGUGUUCCUGGGGCCAUAUUCUGUAGCUACAAAGAGAAAUCUUUCCAACCUGUUGGAGUUAGGUAUCACCCACGUAGUGUGUGUUAGAGAUACUCUGGAGGCCAAAAUUAUCAAACCAAACUUUUCUGAUCAUUUCAGAUACCUGGUACUGGAUGUUGCAGAUAAAACCACAGAAAAUAUAAUUCAGCACUUUCCUAAGGUUAAAGAAUUUAUGGACCAGUGUCUACAAACUGGAGGAAAAGUCCUAGUGCAUGGCAAUGGGGGGAUAUCCAGAAGUGCUGCUCUGGUGAUAGCUUACAUGAUGGAAACCUAUGGAAUGACUUACAGAGAUGCGUUCCACCACGUGCAGCAGAGGAGAUUCUGUAUCCAGCCUAACGAGGGGUUUGCUAACCAGCUGAUGGAGUAUGAACCCAUCUACAUGGCCAGACUCACCGUCAGACCUGGGACCUGCUGGGGACAGAACAACACACAUCUCCAUGGAGGUAGAAAACGUAGCCUGGAUGAGGAGGGUGAUGAAGAAGCCAUGGAUCAGACAGGAGACCCCAGUCUGGACUCACAGAACAAGUCACAUCAUCCUGACACAUGAGGACAGAUGUGCUCUCACAAGUUACAUUAUACUCUUUUUGAUUAAAGUACGGUUAAUGUACAUUUGUUUUUGAGAGGUUUAAGGGUCCAUUUUCUUUCUUACAUUGAUUUGUAUUUGUCUCAAAGAUGCAUCCAAGAAAAGUUAUUGACCUGUGUCAUAUGUCUAUAGAUAGUGGUACCUCUUCCUUUUUCCUGACAGUUCAUUUUCCAUCAUUUUCAAUCUGUAACAAUGCAUAAAGGGCCCCUGCAUUGCAUUAUAAUGCUAUAGAAAUGUUGAUUCCUUUUGGUUUAACAAUUUGAUAUUAUUCCAACCCUACAUAAAAUCUGCCGCUAUGUUGAUCAAUUGUAGAGAAUUCUAAAGUGAUGUUAGUAAUCAAUCUCAUUUGUUGCCAAUGUACAAUUUGAUCAAUAUUACUUCAAACAUUGUAAUUAAUUUGACUGGGACCAAGGCUACAAUUUUGGGUGCAUAUUUCUUGAUUGACUUGAUUCUUUGCAAUCAUAGCUGAAAGUCUUCUGUUGUUCAGCACUGAGUUUUUAUAUUCUUUUCUGACUAGUGCAUAAUUAACUUCUACUUGCAGCUGCAUUGACCACAGUGUCAGUGUGAUACUGAUAGAUUAAACUCACAGUAUGCCCAAACUGUGUGUACAUUGUGUUUCACAUUUACACUUAUGCUCACAUUGGAAAUGGUUAGUUCAAGACAAAAGAGGAAUGUCAUGUAUAUUAUCAUUAGAGUCAGAUAAGAAUGUAAACUGGUCUUGUUUUUGUGAAAAGUAUGUUAGUUUUAUUAUAGCCAUGUGUCAAUUAUGGUACCAUUUAUUGACACUCAUGUCUUUGAACAAAACAUAGCAACGAUUGCAUGUUACACACUCUAAUUAUUACAUAUGACUUGGUGAAAA